AGCAGCCUACACCAGCUUCCGGUGAUGGGCCGGAAUAUUUGCAUUUCAACAUAAAAGUCGUUUUAUAUGUCUUCCUAGCAGCAAUAAUUAUUUUCAGUAUGUAGCUAUGGUUUAUUAGACUUAGUUGCCAUACUUGGUUACCCCACUAAAUCUGGUAAAUAAGCUGAUCGUGGAGACUAUUCACCAAGUCUCCAACUCUUAUAUUUCUUGUCCAUCUCUUGUGUCGAUUGAUUUCACCAGCAGAGGGCGUGAUCACUGUGUGAAUUCCAUGACAUCUAGGCGAUUGUUCAGAAUGCAACAUUGUAAUCUUUCAUGGACAUACAAAUUGGCAGGCUGGAUUAAUAUGAGUUGGUCAAGGCCUACUGUAGGCUAUAUCAAAGAAGAUGUAGGCCAGGGGUUUCAAACAUAAGGCCCGGGGGCCAGAUCAGGCCCGCCAGCAGGUUUUAUACGGCCCCCAAGAAGUUUUGGGUGGGAAAUGAAAAUUAGAAAGAAAAUAUAUUCACAUCCACAAUUUGUAACAAGCAAUUUCUGUGAUAAAUUGAUUAAACCUAGCACUACAAAUCAUCCUCAGGAAGGAAGAGGCCAAAAAACUGACAUGGAAAUUGGGUGUUUCAAGAGAGAAAGAGCAGGAUAUGACGAGGAAAUGAUUUGUACUUGUUUGCUAAUGAGUGGGUGUAGUAAAGGAGUAUAUCAUCAAACAACACUCUGAUAAUGCAGAGAAAUGAAAAUGACCACGACCAUGACGGCCCCCGUGAGGUCUCAUUCCAACAAAUCCGGCCCACUGCCUGUAUGAGUUUGACACCCCUGAUAUAGGCCGUAUCAUUCAUAUGGUUAAAGAUGUUCAAGAUUGUGAAAAACACGUUCCUGUUGUUUUUCUUUCUUUCUUUCUUUCUUUCUUUCUCUUUCUUUCCCUCUACAUUUGCGGCUCAAUGAUUAAUUUAGGCCUAGUCACUCAUUAAUUAGUUCAGUAGUGAUUGUAAACCGCUAUAUUGGGAACAAAAACGGUGUCCCCAUAGAGCGUGAUAAAAAUGUUGGCCCACAGAUUAUUCCCCGGUGACACUUGCUGACAACCGGAGGUGUAAUUCCUAACGUCAGCGUAAUUUGCGGUUAUCUGUAAACGCAUUAUUACUCUACCAGGUUAAUGGCUUGUGGUCACUGCUGAUAUAAUUUGUACAAAAAUAUGCUUAUGACACAGAGUGUAUGUGGCAAUAAAUAUCGUGGUUUGCAUCGCACAAACUCGUUUGUGGCACAGCCGUACAUCUGCAUGCUCUUCAAUAGCCUACGGGUCUUCCAGGUGCUGGCAGUUGUCAUUUCAUGAGCAGCCUGUGCCUUUUUUUGCUACGAACGACCACACACAACUAUGGGGGAUCAUAAACACCCAAGAGCGUAUCAAGCCGCACUUUCCUUUGGAGUUCUGAUGAGUUUUGCUUGCAGUGUUUCGGGACAGACGCCUAACAUUUUUAAUGACAUAUUGCAGUUCUAUGGUGAAAAUGGCUUCGUGACCCCCGCUGACAUUAAUAGCUUAUUUGAACUCCUGAACACAAAGCCACAUAAUCUCGAAGGAAUUGUAUCCAGCUCUCAGUGUAUGUCAGGAGUUGAAGUCCUUGCCUUGUAUGGACUCGGCAACCUCACCCAUUUAGGUGAAAUUCACCUGCAUGACAUCUGCCCUGCUCUUCUUCAACAAGCUGUGCAGCCCUCGUGCCCUGAAGAUGUAGAGGUCAAUUCGACCGUUGAUGCCACAGUGUGGGGAUUAGGGUUUCUGUCCAUUACCAUCAUCAACUCUUUCUCUCUGCUGGGACUGUUCCUUGUCCCCUUCACAAAGAAGGCCUACUUCCCCAAGAUCCUCACAUAUUUCAUUGGGCUUGCAAUUGGCACACUCUUCUCUAAUGCUGUCCUACAGCUCAUCCCAGAGGCCUUGGGGUUUGACCCUAAGACAGAUAACUACACAUCCAAAGCUGUUGGGAUAUUUGGUGGAUUCUAUCUGCUCUACUUCAUGGAGAAAGUCCUUAAAAUGGCACUGAAAAUAGACAUAGAGCAUGGCCACAGUCACUUUGUACCUCCGGAUUCUCCCCAAGUCAGCUAUCACCAUGGAGAUAUGGGUGAAAAGAAUGGAGAUGUGGGAGAGAAGAAUGAGGUUAUUGCUGUGACCAGCUUCAGUGACAAAGCCAAUGUGACUGCUGAUCCUACCCAGACAGUGGUGGGGUCGCGGAUGUCGUGUCGCUGCCUCCGGGGCCCGAAGCUGUCCAGUAUAAAGACGGUGGCCUGGAUGAUCAUACUGAGCGAUGGCUUGCACAACUUCAUUGAUGGCCUGGCCAUCGGGGCGUCUUUUACUGUGUCCGUGCUCACAGGGUUCAGCACCUCCAUCGCCAUCGUGUGUGAGGAGUUCCCCCAUGAGCUGGGUGACUUUGUGAUCCUGCUACGCGCGGGCAUGAGCAUCCCUCAGGCCAUCUUCUUCAACCUGCUGUCCGCCAUGUCCUGCUACGUGGGCCUGGUGUUUGGCAUCCUCAUUGGCAGCACCUUUGCCCCGAACAUAAUCUUCGCCAUUGCCGGGGGCAUGUUCCUUUACAUCGCGCUGGCAGACAUGUUUCCUGAGAUGAACAGUCUCAGCAGUGCGGCGGAGAAGACGACCAAGACACAGGUGAUUUUCUUCCUGAUCCAGAACGCUGGAAUGCUCUCCGGAUUCUCAAUCAUCCUGCUCAUAACGAUGUAUGCCGGACAAAUCAACCUGGGCUGACCCUGAUGGACUCUUCCAGUAAACGCCCACUUUUGCUUACUGGGUUGAAGUCUGCGCUUCCACAUUGAAGGGCAUAUAUAUAUA